AUGUCUGUAUUCCAGUAUAUCACGCAGCGAGUGGUGGCUUCUAUGAGAGAGGCCAUGCCGUGUCCUCAUGAAGCUGUUUAUGGUUUCCCACUCCAAUCUCCCUUAGCACGAUGGGCUUCUUCGCAUAAUAGUACAGCUCCGGUGAACGAUGAUGCUAUUGAAAAACUCAUCGCGCACCCUAAUAAGAAGCAUAAACGUGCUAUAAGAUCUGCUUGUGAUAAGCUACGGCAGAGGAGGGAAAGGAUUAUGGAGGACUGGAGGCAGCUUUGGCAAGAGUGUAAGCCGCAGCAGGCUAACGAACCGAACGAGUUCGAUGUGGGAGAUAAGGUUUUGGUAUGGACGCAACCGAGCCACAAACUCGACCGUAUGUGGCGGGAAGGUGAGAUUAUACGCAGGGUCGGUUCCCGUUGUUAUGAAGUCAAGUUUAAUGGUAACCGUUCCCAGCUCUACAGUGCUGAUCACCUGGAGGCCUUUCUUCCUAAUGGAGUUUAUAAUGACGACGAUAACCCCAAGAUCACUGACGAUGAGCUUUCUGGAGAGCCUACUCUGUCUACACGUUCACUGAGGCACACUAAAUUUAUAUUGUGGAAAGAUCCACAAGAUUCUAAGACUCAUUACGGUAAGAUUGAGCGUUGGACAGGUAACGGUCAGUAUAUGGUCCACGAGUACCGUCUACUGGACGAACGACUUCUACCACUAUGGAUUGGUCCCGAUGGUAAGCUAUCAGCUAUCGGUAAUGUCGCAGCCUUUGUGAGAUUGUCCCCAAGGGAUGUCAAGAAGAUCAAAGUGGAUGAGGUCACAAACAUCCUACUAGAAGAGAGCUUAGAUGAGGUGACUCCUUGA